AUGUGUCCACGGCACUUUGCCUUUGAUUUCAUGGUGGCAUGGUCAGCUCAAUCUAGUGGCUGUGCCAGCUGUGCCAUGGGCAACAAGUUGAGCUGUUCAUGUGCGCCCCUUAUGCGCAAAGGAGGCUAUCGUUAUGAAGAUUCACCAUGGCAAAGUACACGACGACGAGAUGGUCAUCUAUUGAGUUCAUUCCGUUUAUGGGCAGAAGUAUUUCAUGUAUCGGCCAGUGGUGCUGGAACAGUUAAAUGGCAGCAAGUAUCUGAAGAUUUGGUUCCUGUUAAUAUUUCAUGCAUACAAGAUACGCCCGAAUGUGUUUUUCACAUUACGGCCUACAACAGUCAAGUGGAUAAGAUAUUGGAUGUGAGACUCGUGCAACCAGGUACACGUAUUGGUCAGGCAUCAGAAUGUUUUGUUUAUUGGAAAGAUCCAAUGACCAAUGAUACGUGGGGUCUGAAUUUCACCUCACCCAUUGAUGCUAAACAAUUUCGCGAAUGCUGUUCGCCUUCUUUCAAAUUUUCACGAAAGGCCUCCUCGAGUUAUUCGCUGAAAUUGGAUCCGCCGGGCAAGAGUAAAGUCAAAGCCAAACGAAAGCCAUUGAGUACACCGGCCUCGCCAUCUCGUGUCCGUAGUGAGCCGCAAUGUACAUGCAUGACAGCCGAACAGUAUGCACGCUUGCGAAAUGAUCCGAGGGUUAGGGGUUCAUCUACAUUGCCACGUAAUGUCGGCUCCAAGGUAGCCUCCGAAGCUGAUGGCCAAACACAUCAAAGGGUGACAAAUGCCACAAGUAGCACUUCACUGUAUGACAAUGUUGCCAGUGGUGGUACUGGCGGUCAAACACUUAGCACAGGUGGUGAUACCUUGGGUCGUCAAAUUAAGCCUCAAGAUCCAGCCACCACAGCCAAUGGUAGCGUUUGUGCUGGUACAGCCGCACCCGGAGGUGCCGGUGCUAGUACCGGUGAUAUUUGUAGUCAAAAUCAUGUGGGCUCACAGGCCGGCCCCGAAGAUGGCAUGACCAGUCAAAGUGAUGUUGAUAUGCCGAAGAGUGAAGGUACCCAGGCCGGUGGGCCAAUGCAUCAAUCUGUGGGCACAUCCACAAAAUCAACUGGUACCAGGACCAAAGAAUAUAAUGAAGAUAUGGCACGCGAUCCACAUGGGCACGAUAUGCAUCAGCACCAGCACCCGCACCAACAUCAGCACCAACACCAGCACAACAUAAUUAACAACAACACCAGACGCAAAACUAAAAGCACCGAGGACAUGAAUGUCGAUACCAGCACUUUGAAACGUAUGCUGAAGCCCAUGACCAGCACCGAGAGCCCGGUGACCUCGCCAGAGAUGGGCCGACGUCGCUACAAUUACUACAAUGCCAAUGCAACGAACACAUUUGGACCGCAACACAUGCAUCAACAUGCUGCCGCCAUGGCUGCGGGCAUGGGUGGACCACCACCCGGUGGUGCUGGUGGCGGUGGCAUGGCUGGCAUGCAUCACCUUAUGAACAACAACAACACGUUGGGAUUAGUUGGCGGUCGCAAUGCGAAUCAAUCGUCACGAUUUUCGGGAUCAAGAUCUUCACAUGAAAUCGGUCGUGGCUAUACACCACGUAAUCUGUACUUGGAAUUGGAACGGGAACGUAGCUGUAUUGAGGGUUCACCGCCGUCGGAUAACGUUAUGUUCGACAAUCAAUGCUAUGCGACCACACCGAGCUCAAGUAAUGGCAACUCCGAUCAGGAUCAGUCAUCGUAUGGACAACGUGGUCCAAUGGGUGGGCCUGGUGGUGGUCAGCGACAUCCACAUCGUCAUCAGGGUCCUAAUGUCACACCGACACCGGGUAGUCCCACAUCACGUCUCUUGUUGGAAUAUGAAAUGCAUUUGCGCAACACCUUGGCCAAGGGUAUGGAUGCCGAGUCAUAUAGCUUGCAUACAUUUGAGGCAUUGCUGUCACAGAGUAUGGAGAAUUUGGAAUUUGCCGAGAGUUUGCCCGGAUCCAUGCAACGUAGUCCAUUUCCCAUGCGCAGGCUGCGCGAAAAAGAGCGUGAUCGUGAACGUGAUGGCUACUACAGUGAUCGCAAUGAAUUGGUGCGUGAACGUGAGCGUGAGAGAGAACGUGAAAGGGGCUAUUUAUCGGAUCACAAUACAAGCUUUUCCAAUUCCCGUUGUGCUUCUUGUAUUGGUGAAUCGGCACGUGCUCAGUGGUUCCGCCACUCUGAUGGCUGGCGUUCGGGCAGCUCAACCAUAGGCUCCGGUUCGGGCCAGGGCCUGAUGUCACAACAAACCAAUAGUUCCGGAACUAAACGUUCUCCCUGGGAUUCAUUGCCCUCUUUGCGUCAGGAUAGCAGUUUAAAUGAUUCGGGUUAUAAGAGUGCCCGUGCUGAUUCUUUGGAACAACGAGCCGAGUUUAUACGUCAAGAUAGCUUGAGAUCUGACUAUUUGAGUGAUCGUGAUUCACGUUAUGGCAUUGUACAGCAAGCAUCGAUCGAGAGCACCGAUUCAAGAAUGUGCUAUUUAACAUCGUCUGAGGUAAGUGAAAAAAUAGAUAUUUAUUGUAAAAUUGAAACCAUCUGA